AGAGAAGUGUUCAGACUAGCAACACAAGAGUGACUUUGCUGAGAUUCCGCUGUGAGCACUUCAACCUGAUCUUUUGGAGACAAAUCUUUGGGAACUUGAGAGGGUAGAGGCAUCACACCCAAUUAUGAAGACCAGCAUCCUGCUCAUGCUUCUUUGCGGGGUAGCCUGUGCUCUCCCAGUAGCCAGGUAUCAAAAUACUGACUCUGAGAGCUCUGAGGAGUGGAAGGGUGAUUUGACUCCAUCACCAGCACUGCCUGUGAACAGUGAGUCAUCAGAAGAAAGUAAAGUUAGCUCAGAGGAACAGGCAAGUGAAGACCCCAGUGACAGCACGGAGACAGAGGAGGACCUGGCCUCUGAUGGUGGUCACUAUGUUUCUAGACCAGCUGCUGGCUUGUCUAGGAGUGCAGGGAAAGAAGGAGAUUAUAAGGAAGAUGAUGAGGAUGAUAGUGGAGAUGACACCUUUGGUGAUGAGGACAAUGGCCUGGGGCCCAAAAAGGGUCGUGAAGGCAGCAUGUCCAGACUGGACAGCGAUGAGGAUUCUGCCAUUACCACACAGUCCAGAGAAGACAGUGUGUCCCCAGAGGACAGCCCCCAGGAUCUGGCCAGCGACAGCAGGGACCUUGACGUUGAGGAUGGAGUGGACAGUGGGAGUGAGGAGCGCUGGGGGGGAGGUGGCAGUGAUGGGGACAGCAGCCAUGGGGAUGGCUCGGAGUUUCACGACGAUGGAAUACAGAGUGAUGACCCAGACAGCACCAGGAGUGAGGGAGGCAGCUCCAGAACGGACAGUGCUGGUGUCAAAUCCACGGAGUCACAAGGGGACAGCAAGCAGGAAGGCACUCAGGAUUCAGGUGACAGACAGUCAGUGGAGUCUCACAGUAGGAAGUUUUUCAGGAAGUCCCGCAUUUCUGGGGAAGACGAUAGAGAUGACUUGGAGGAUAGCAACACAACAGAAGACCUCAGCAGUGACUCCACAGAGAGCACCAACUCCCAAGAGGACAGCCAGGGCCAGUCCAGGGAAGACAGCAAGAGUGACUCUCAGGAGAACACCAGUGAGAGCCAGUCUGAGGAGAAUGGUGAGGACGAGCAGGACACCAGCAGUGAGUCCAGCCAGGAGGGGGACCCCCCAUCCCAGGAGAGCAGUAGUGAGUCCCAGGAAGAGGUGGUAGGUGAGUCCAGGGGUGACAACCCGGAUGUCAUCAGCCAGGAAGACAGCGAGUCCAGUGAGGAGGACAGCUGGAAUACCUUCUCCAGCUCAGAGAGCGAAUCCAGAGAGCAGCAGGCUGACAGUGAGUCCAAUGAGAGCCUCAGGUUCUCAGAGGAAAGUUGGGAGUCCCCUGAAGAUGACAACAGCUCCAGCCAGGAGGGCCUGCAGUCCCAGAGCACGUCCACAGAGAGCCAGAGCCAGAGCCAGGAGAGCCGGUCUAGGGAGGACACUGACAGCGAUUCUCAGGACACCAGCAGGUCAAAAGAAGAUAGCAACUCCACCGAGAGCACAUCCAGCAGCGAGGAGGAUGGCCAGCCCAAAAACAUGGAGGCCGAGAGCAGGAAACUGACCAUGGACAUGUAUCACAACAAACCCAUAGGGGACCAAGAUGACAAUGACUGCCAGGACGGCUACUAGCAUCUGCUGUCCUAAGAAGUGGCUCUCACAGAAAGGGGUCCUGCACUUUGAGAAUAGGGAAAUUAUCAUAACUAUAAUUUAUUGAUAUUUUGAUCACAAAGGAAUUACUGGACAUUGCAGUGGCUCCAAGAGUGCCACCGUUCCACGGAAGUUCAAAUAAUGUGGAGCGACCCCAGGACACACUUCAUGAGCUUGGACGCAAGAGAGAUGUGCCUCACACUCUGCAGCUGAAGUGGUUCUGAGCUCAUUAACCCAAUGGAUGGUUACUGGGGUUCUAUGAUGCACCAGGCACCUUGCGAGGUGCUAGGGAUACCACAAAGCUUCAGACUCACUUCUUGCUCUGGAGGAUCUUCUAGAGAGAUACAGUUAAAAAGGGGUGUAUGGGAGGGCAGCAGGAAUUGUUACGAACUACGUGGUAAAGGCCAUUGGGAAGAUAUGAACAAAGGAUUGGGAGCACAGAAAGGGGUGACCAACUUGGCCUGGACAGUUAGUGAGACACCGUGGAGAAAUCACUGAGUUGGAGGGUGGUGACGGAUUUCUCCUUGGAAGGCAAGAAAAUCCUAUUUACUCUGGGGAGAAAUCAUAGGAAAUCUUACGUGAUUAAACACUUAGUUUAUAAAGGCAAUUGCAAAUUGGCACAAUGAGGUGUUUUGGAUAAGCAAAACUUUUUUUUCCAACUAAUUUACCUUACUUGGUGUUUUCUGUGGAGCUCCCAUGACCACAGCCCCGCUGGUGAUAGUAGGAGGAGUGGGGAGGAGGGAGCGGGGGAGGAAACUCCUCUUCAUGUACCAAAAUGUUAGCAUCGUUUUCUCUGAAAGCAGUUUAUGUGCAAUGCUAGAAAAAAUGUUCUCUGGAUUCUCUUCACAUGUUGCAAAAUUCUGUAUAUAAGAUUCAAUUGAUUUUUGUUAAAUGCCAUUUGAAAUGUUACCUCAACAGAAAAUAUUUGUUUUGUAAUAAAGAUAAUAAUACCCAGAA